AUGUUCUGCUCUCAUUGUGGUAAAUCUAAUCUCACUGAUGCAAAUUAUUGCCACAAGUGUGGUAGUAAAAUAACUGGAAACAAAGUAAACAUCCCUGAUGGCGAAACCAUUAGCAAACGUGCAAGUACGAGUUCUGCAACUGGGAAUACUUCAACACCGCCAACUACUUUUGCCCAAUUUCGUGCACGCAAAGAGGAUGAUCGGAACAAACAUUUCAAGAAAAAAGAUGGGAAAAGAGUGAAACUCGACGGGAAAUCCGUAGAGUCUUCAGAGGUUAAAAUCAAUAUCGGAAUUAUGAUAUUAAAAGAUGAAGCUCUCAUCGUAAAAAGGGGUUUCACUCUUCCACUCACCGUACCAGCAACGAUAACAUACGACGAUCUGUUAACUAAGGCAGUCGAGAAACAUCACCGAUUUAAUAAAGGUGUCAUUAAACACGAUAAGACAAUGUUCUAUUAUCUUCUUUAUGGCGAUAAGAGUAAAGCGACCAAUUUACCUGGUUGCAAUGAGCCUUUUACACUUAAAAGGUAUAAAGAAGAAAUAGAUAAAGCAUACACCAGGAUAACCUUGUAUUUGUGCCCGUGUUCAGACCACAUCGCCAGCGUCUGGAAUGAAUUCGACUGUAAUUGUGACACUGAUGGAUCAGACACAUCCGAGUUGCAGUCACAGCAGCCAACAUUGGCAGUUGAGCCUGAGCCAACAUUGGCAAUUGAGCCAGAGCCAACAUUGGCAAUUGAGCCAGAGCCAACAUUGGCAAUUGAGCCAGAACAGCCACCAACAACAAUUGAGUAUCAAUGCCCAAUUUGUUUUUUACGAUUUCCCAUACAGCAAAUUGAAGAACAUGCAGAUAACUGUUCAGAAUGGCUUGCAGAAUCCGAGGAACCUGUAGAAUUAAUUGAAAGUAGUGGAUCUGAUGUUGAAGAACUGAAAGAUCCUGAGCCUGAUGUGUCACAGCACAAGAAAUUACUAAAAGAGCAGAUUGUAAGGUGUGCUAAAGAUUUGUCAACUGAAGUGAAACGUGUAACUGUGCGAAGAAAAUUUAUUUGGGAAGACUUUAAAAAUGCCAGGAAAAGCAAAAUCCAGCCACUUUCCAAUUUAAAAGUUGUUUUUGCUGGAGAACCAUGCAUUGAUGAUGGUGGGCCAAAGCGAGAAUUGUUCUCUGGUAGGGAAACUAAAUAGUUAUGAGAUAAUGCACGUAAUGAUUUACUUUCGUUUAAUAUUCUUGCCUUGUGCCAUAGCCUCGUUAGCAUAUAGACUGGGGAGGGGCAAAUGUCCCUGUCCCUUGGUAAACUAUAUUGCACCCACCCCUAGUGAAUGCCAUUUUUGUAAAGAAUGUAAGGGAAGAAUAGUUAAAACUUAGGCCUGUUUUAUAAGUCGAAUUUUGGUUGCGUUGAAUAAAUAUAAGGCAAUAGAUAAUGAGAUGAUAAACCUCAUUAAGGUUCAUUAUAUAUUGUUUCAAUUGCUUUCGACACAAUCAAAAUUCGUUGUAUAAAACAGGCCUUAGUUGAAAAAAGUGUGUUAGUACUUCCAUAAUCAAACCUGGGUACAUUGUUUUCACAUAGAUUUGCAAAGUAUAUGGUGCAUACCCCAGUAAACAAUUUGCACUGAGAAUAAUCAGAGGUUAAAAAAUUAAUGUCCAAUUACAAGCAAAUAAAAUACUACCUACUUUUGCAGGUAUCCACCUCUCAAAAAUGUUUGGCCUGUUUUGGUAGAUUUUGCUUACUUUUCAAAUGACAUUUCACUCAGAUUGUGUGCUAGAGCCCAAUACUGCGAGACUGUGGAUAUUAAUUUAUACUGUGGAUUUUAGACUGUACAUAAACUGUAGCAUUUACAAUAUAUCCUGCCCAUUAUUUGCAAAACAGCAUGGUUGCAGGGAUUGAUUUGACCAGUCCCAGAAGAUCAGCUGGUUUGGUUUCCAGGGACAAUUGUAAGGCUAAUUUCUUGUUGGAAAACUCCUGAAGAUGCUGCAAAUAGCUUAUCUGAGCUUCAAGAAAUCCAAAAUUUUCUGGGGGGCAUGCCCAGACCCUCUAAAGGUUCACACCUUCGGUUAUCGACUCGUUUGUCUCAAAAUCCUAUUUAUAGCCUGAUUUGCUGUCCCAUGACAUAUACUUAUUAGUUAAACCAUGCAUAUAUAUAUAUAUAUAUGUAUAUAUAUAUAUAUAUAUAUAUAUAUAUAUAUAUAUAUAUAUAUAUAUAUAUAUAUAUAUAUAUAUAUAUAUAUAUAUAUAUAUAUAUAUGCUGGUAUCUGCAGUGAUGCAGGCCGAUACAGACUUGCCGACUGGAACUUCUCCAGGUCCCCCGCUAAAUAUGUCUUCUCAGUCCAGUUACACAUACUUAAAAGAGACCCUGAACCAAAUGUUAUACGUCAUAGCAAUAUGUAUUAUUAAAAGCAAUGCAUGAAGCUAGAAAAUUCAACGUUUACGGCUAUAAUUAAAGAAUCUACAUAGUAUAAGCUAUUGAAAAAAAAAACAAUGUUGCGAAAGAGAGAGUGGCAAAAAAAAUCGUACAUGGUGAUGGGAUAGGAAAAAAAAUAUCUUGCACGUAAUGAUCGCAGAAAAAAAUUCCCUGCCGGCAGUAAAUCACCCUUCCCCCUCAAAUGUUAAAUAGUCGGCCCCUAAUACAUUACAUUACAUGCAUAUGUACACUGUACAACAUGCAAUUUACUGGUUUCUCUCAACAGAAUUGUUGACAGUCAUGCAACGUACAUACUUCACCAACGGGUAUCCUGUGCUGUCAACUAUGGCUAUAAAUAGUGGAGAAUUCAAAUUGUGUGGAGAAAUAAUGGGGAUGUCUGUUAUGCAAGGUGGUCCUGCACCUCACUUUUUAUCUUCACCAAUAGUUGCACACAUUGUUGGCAUGCCACUUUCAACAGACGGAAACAAAAAUCAUAAGUACAAAUCAGCUUGUGAAAGUGUAAGUAUGGUUAAUUAAAUUUGUGUUAGAGGCUUUAUAACCAUCAAUUUCACUGAGUUUAAGUAAAUAACUUUUACUUUGUUCCUGGCCAAAAUGGCAAAUGUAAUUUUACAAUGGGCACAAUUUUACAAUGCUGACUAUCCAGCCAACGUCAUUUGUUCAUGGUAUGCAAACAUAUUUUUCUGCAUAUGCCUAAUUAGUUUUUGAAAAUUCACAUAGUGCCAAAAAUCAUUGCUUCAUUGUCCAGUUAUAAGUGGGUUACUUACUGCUUUAACAAACAAAGUUUUAUUAAACAAUUGUUGGAGUAGGUUUUUGUGAUAUGCAGUACAAAUUAUAAAAGGUCAAGAUAAGUGCCAACUGCCAAGCCGAAAGGGAACUUGAUAACACACCUACAGUACCGACACCUUUCAAAAUAUUAUUGGGUAUCAUAAAAACGAAUUCUAUAAUUGUUUUAAACAUUUCAAGGAAAAAAUAGACAAAGUCACAUAUAGAAUGUUUCGUCAGCAUACUUUAUAUUUAAUUACUGUAGUUUUGUGAUCUCAAAGUCUUCCAACAAGCAGUUUAACCCACUAAGUGCCAGUGCUCUCCCCUUCACGAUUAAAAUUGUCUGAUGUUAUAUUUAGCUCAGUCUUACUUAAUUAAUAGCCAAUCAAAACAAAUGUAUCGACUGUACAAUAUGUAAUAGAGGUUUUUAUUUGUUUCCUUUUUACUCUCCCUUUUUUAUCCACAUGACAUGGAUCUAAUAUUACAUCUAAUGCAGUACAAAAUCGCGUCAUGAGGGACACAUUAGACUGUGAACAUUUUCCACUCAUAAACUGAAUUGUGAUAACAGAAUUUGCACUAAGAAAAACAUGAAUUUUAUUUAUAAAUGUGUGAAAUUAAAAAAAUAAAUAUUUCUUGGAGAUGUAGCAAAUCACAAAUGCACACAUAAAUGAAUAUUGCUUACAUAAAUUUAGUUAUCCACAGCAUCAACCGAUGAACAAGUGAAACAACUCCUCACUAGUGAUGCCAUCUUAGACAUACUGGAUGAAAUCGGUUACAGAGGAAUUCCGCAGAGGGAAACCUUAUCUACUGUGGAUGUCAUUGUGCAGUAAGUGAAUAGAAAAGAAUGGAGUUUUACUUUCAAAUUGUUUAUAGGAAUUAUAUUCUUAAGCGGACUAAUUUGACUACUCUUGUUUGUAGGGCAAUUUGUAUCAAGGAUCAGUUGAGUGAAUUUCUACCAGCACUCCUCCAAAUUGCACACGGUUUAGAAGGAUGUGGAUUGUUGGAAGUUAUCAGAAGAGCUCCUAUUAUUUGGAAACCAGUAUUCGGUAAUGGUAAUUCAUUUCAGAUUACCGCUGAUGAAUUUCUAGAGCAACUGGAUGCAGAAUACUGUGAUUCACAAAUAAAAAAGGAUGCUGAGAUAGAUACCUUCAAGUUUUUUUGUGACGCAAUUCAGAAUAUUGAUGGAGGUUGGUAGCUUAUAAAUGAUUGUGAUAAUUUUCGAUAAGUAAAUUUUCGAAUGGAAUAUUGUGGCAUCACGGGACUUGAUUCAGUAAUGAAAAAUAUGAUAUUUUCUUACCUGAAAUACAUAUGGUUUGUGGUUGCACAGCUUUUUGGUCAAUUAGAAUGGGUUUUGUUUGCUUUAUUUUUUUAUGCUUGAUUCAAGUUACAAUUAAUUUAAUUGCUCAUGGUCAUGAUGCCCAUGGCAAAGAAAUUGGCGAAGAAAGCUCUAGCCAACUCUGGUGACGUGGCUCCCAACUUUUUUGAAUAUUCAAACAGGCCUUUGAUAUACACAUUAAUAUUGGCUUUCCAAACUCAUUUCAGGUACAGCAAAUGUGCAGCUGCGAGAUUUUAUCAAGUGGCUUACAGGAACAUACACCACACCCCCACUUGGCUUCCCCAAAAGGUUUUCAAUCAAAUUUGUUCAUGGUUGUCCUGCAGAUUGUGCGUGCAGACCAACAGCCUCGACAUGUGCAAUAAGUAUGAAUAUUCCGGUUCAUAUCAACAACGAAAGUAUUAUGAAUGAGAUGAUUGCAUCUGCUGUUCAAGAAUCACAUGGCUUUGGACUGAUCUAG